AGUAAUUCUUAGUCCGACAGGGUCCCGUAAGUGUUGUCCGGCGAUAGCCUAGGUACUCUCGGCGAUACCUGUCCGUAUUUCCGCGUCUGAUGGGAUCCUGAAAGCGCUAUCCGGCGAUUGCCCAAGCGUUUUCGGCGAAACUGGCUGACACGCCCCGUAUGGUUCUCCUUCAUCUCGAUCGCUCCCGUCUGCGGGACUGCCUCCCCGUCCCCAUCGUCGAUCCCAAAUUCGGAGUCCCGGCAAAUUAUACAUAUUGCUGUAAUUUCGACCCUGGAGUAGAUUGAGAUAUGUACCAGCCAAGAUCGCUUCCUUACACAGUAAAGUGGAUACAUGCUCAUUUUUUGAACCAAUUUCUCUUAAGGAAAAGGAUCUCUUUGAAUUGAAAUUGUUGUCAUUUUUCAUUCUCAAUAAAUUAAUGAAUCUUUAAAAAAAAAAAUCACAGGAUUGAUUGAUUUUUAAAGAUUUUACAGGCGCUUAAAGUAAAAAGUGAUAAACAUGUAUCCACACGUGCUCGCCACUGUAUGUAUCCCAGCCAAGAUCGCUUCCUUACAGAUGGCGCCCGAGCAGGGACUCCGGGAUUCCGUUAUGUUUUGGGGCGCUAAGGGGAACAGUUGAUCAGAAGAGCGGAUAGUAGAGGGCUUCGGGACUGUAGCACGCGCAACAUCAUUAAGGCAAAGGAAUAGUUGUGUCUGUAAAACCGCACGUGAGGUCGCCCAUUAUUCACGUACAGCCGAGGCUGGCUUCCAUAACCUCCCUAGCCGCGUCUCGAGGCAGAGAAAGAGAACCGAGCCGAAGCUGGGCCGAAAUCGCUAGAAAGAGAGCGACACGUACGCGGCGAGCAGCGAGUCGUGAGUGGUAGAGGCCGAGCGAGCGCCAGAACCCUCCCGAAGACCGACCAGCCCGGCUAUAUAUUUCGGACCCAGACCCUGAAGCGAGUCAAAAAACCCCGGCCUUCAAAGUGAUCGGUCAGCGUUCAGCCAUCAACACGGGACGAGAUUCAGCGCUUAAGUCAACGAACCCAGCACGACCAGGACUGCAAGGACAAUUCUAAGGACAACGAUAGCAAGGACUAUUGACCGGCCUAGCAAGGAUCAACAGUCAGGAGGACUACAAGGACAACUAUAGCAAGGACCAUUGAACGGCCUAGCAAGGGUCGAUCCCAUGGCUACUAUAAAGCCUAACGACAACCACGACCAUCGACCAGGGCCCCAAGCAGCAUGGACUCCAAGGACGCAACAGCAGGACGCGCCCUCUAUGGGGUAACCGUGUUAACCGUGCAUACGCCGUGAUGCCGUGACUAACCUCGUGGACUCCGGUAUUCAGUGCGUUACCUAAGUAAACACUCUACCGGAGGGUCAAUACGUGAUACUACCGCCGAAACGCGAAAGACCUCUAUGACCUUCUACCACCGCGCGUCGACAUGGGUGUACAGUGGAUUUCGUACCGGCGUAAGAACGAACUGCAGGCCAUCGCCGAGGAAUUUUGCCUCGGUGAAACCGGGACAGUGGACGAACUGCGACACCGGAUCUCGGCCUUCAUCUCACGCGGUGAGCAUCCGACGGCGAUCGAAAAACGGAUCAAGGAGCUCGGAAUGGUCUUCGACAGCGCGCCCAGCCCGAGAAACCCGAGGAACACGUCCCCGUCACCGGGACCGAGUCAGCGAUAGCAGAAGGAAGGGAUCUGUGUGGAAAGCCAUGGACCGAGUUCCGGAAAGAGUUCUUGAGUCAUCAACGACCCCGAGAAGGCUUUCAGGACUACCUGAUCGACCUCCGACUCAUGAUGCAACGAGCUCAGUAUACUCCAGACAGGGAGCUGGAUAGGAUCUACGAGAACCUCCGGCCAGAAUACCAACUCUUCACCCGUAGGCAUGAGUUCGAGACGUUAUGAGAACUGACCCGAACUGAAUAGUAGCGUAUGAGACAACGCGGGACCGCGAACAAGGCCACCCCGCUAGCGACCGCCCAGAUACGAAAACCAGAACGCCAUCAUACCAAGGACCCAGAUUAUCCACCCCGCAGCAUGCUACUCCAGAUGACACCGGGCCCUCCCGGAACGCCGAGACGGCAAGCCGCGUGGCGACCCAGGACGGAGACCGGCCGGUGAACACACCUGCCGGGCCUGCCGGAAUUGUGGAGAAGAAGCUCAUGUCAGCAGUUCAUGCAGGUAUCGGCGAGUGCUAUUCUGUUGGGAGUGUGGCAUCCGGACGAUCGACUGCUGUAGGGUAUCCGUGUCGGAAAACGGACCGAGUCUCCGCUCGUCAGGGAACCGAUCGGAGACGUACCUCCAGGGCCCGCAGGAGUAAGUCAUCCCCUAAGUCUGGAGGGAGGCAGGAAGGAGUCGAAGGACAGCCACCCUCGACACGGGAGCAACGCGGUCGUUCAUCAGUCAACAUAUCGCCCAGGAAUUAGGUACCGGGGGGAAUGCGAGGAAUAUAAUGACUACCGUCCGCCUCGCGGACGGUACAGCAAAGGAGGUGUGGCAAGCAGUGUCAGUCAAGGUACGUCUGGAUUAACAGGAAACGCGGGUGAUUCGAUUAGUUCUACCCAUGGUAGUGGACGACAUCUGGGGCUCGAUUUCCUUUGCGGCGUCCAGGCCAUAAUACAAUGCGGACGUACGUACUGGCAGUUGUCCCAGCGGGGGAUCCUGGAAACCAGCCCGAUCCCCUCGUCCUCGACUCGUCCCCGCAUGGUUACUUUUAGUGGCGAAUGUCCCCCGACUGCAUCCGCUGCUCCUACCCGCUCGACCAAUCCAACAGCGAUCCACCGGAUGAAGCCGACGGAUCCGAACCCCGACCAUGCCAGACCCAGGAAUAAAUCAGUGACAACGCACCAGAAUCUCGAACACGCCAGACCCAGCAAUGUACCAGUGACAAAGCACCAGAAUCUCGAACACGCCAGACCUAGCAAUGUACCAGUAACAACGCACCAAAAUCCCAACCACGCCAGACCCAGCAAUGUACCAGUGACAUCGCACCAGAAUCUCAACCACGCAAGACCCAGCGACGCCACCGGAACCAAACCCACGAUGCGAUACGACCACACCGAACUCAUCAACGAAGCUACGACGGAGACGACUGCGACAACGCUGUACGUACCCAGCGCCAGUCCGUCUGCCUCGAAAACCACCCAGAGCAACGAAGAUUCAACGGAGACGACGACGACACCGCUGGACGUACCCAGGGCCAGUCCGUCUGCCUCGAAAACCACCCAGAGUAUCCCUACCAGGACAACGGAGCUAAGCCUCAAACACACCAGAUCCAGCAGUAACAUCAGGACAACGUUUCUAAGUUUCGACCACGCCAGACCUAGCAGCAAUACAAGGACAACGCAUCUAAGCCCCGACCGAGACGGACCCGCCAAAAAUAUAACACGAUCGACGCCAGCCAAAACAGACAUGCCCAGCCGUGCAGCUCAGUCGGCGCGAACCAUCCCGCAGGAAACCAGCUCUACACCACGACCCGCUACGCCUGGAAGACGACGGCCCCGAAGGACAUGGACGGGUCGAGGUAGACCAACUCGCACCUCACCCCCCCACGGAUUAUCAACUCGCCCCGUCAGCCGCGGCCGGUGCACAACGCAACCCUUUUCGAAGAUCAGACUCGACUACCCCAGUCACCGUGAACCUCGCCAUUAUUACAUGUGCCCUUGAAGCAAGAAUUGGCCAAGAUCGAGGGAUUGGAGAGCGUGUCACACAUAGCUGAGCAUACCAUCACUCUGAAGGACGACAAGCCGAUAAAGCAGAGGUACUUCCCCAAAAAUCCGGCCAUGCAGAAAAUCAUCAAAGCUCAGGUCGACGAGUUGCUGCAAGACGGGCGAAUCGAAGCUUCAAACAGCCCACACAGCACACCCAUCGUAAUGGUGGGAAAGAAGACAGGCGAGAUGCGGAUGUGCGUAGUCUUCUCGCCUUGAAGUGGUUAAACUCGAUCAAUAAUCCGACCGAUCGCAUCGCCCGUUGGGCUCUGGAACUCCAACAGUAUCGCUUUGACGUACUUUACCGACGCGGAAGCCAAAACAUCGUAGCAGACGCUCUUUCCCGGCAACCUAUCGACACCAUACAAAGAACCCUAGAAGACCUGCCCACCUGCCCCUGGAUACAAAGGUUGCUCACACGUAUCCAGUCACGACCUGAGGAAUGCAGAGAAUUUAUAAUCGAGAACGGACAGAUCUACCGGCAGCCUGGGCACCGACCAAUCGAGGAAGAAUCUCACCAGUGGAAGUUAUGCGUCACCAGUGGCCAUCGUAGACGAGUGCUAGAAGAAUGCCACGAUCACCCGACCGCCGGACACCUAGGAAUACGGAAGACUGUCACUCGGGUAGCCCAACGAAAUUACUGGCCAGGACUCUACAGAGACGUGGCCCGAUACGUGAAACAUUGCGAAAGCUGCCAAAAAUUUAAGGUGAGCCAGAACAAACCCACAGGUCACAUGUAUACGCGCCAGGCUAUGGGCCCGUUCGACAUCCUUUAAGCGGACUUCGUGGGCCCACUAUCCCGCUCAACGCACGGUAACACGAUGCUCCUCGUGUUCUUCGACUCAUUCUGCAAAUGGGUAGAACUUGUGCCACUCCGGAAAGCCUCACUUGGCCACUUGGAGAAGGCGUUCCGAGAGAGGAUACUCUGCCGAUUCGGGGUCCCGUGGAAGUUUGUGUGCGACAACGGAGCACAAUUCACUAGUCGGUCCUUCCGGAAAUUUUGCGAGGUGGCGGGAAUGGAACUCUAGCACACCGCGCCGUAUACCCUUCAGCAAAAUCCGACGGAGAGGGCAAACCGGACCAUCAAGACAAUGAGUGCACAAUACGUCGACGGGGACCAACGGACCUGGGACGAUCUCCUCCCCGAGUUAAGCUUGGCCAUAAACAGCAGCACGUCGGACACCACGGGCUUCAGCCCGGCCUUUGUGGUACUCGGACGAGACCAAGGCUACCAGGAGUCUUGUACGACGAAGUGACUCCAGGAUUAGGAAAUGAACCAGAGCCUGCCCAUGAGAAGGCGACACGACUGCAGGAAGUAUUCAAGGUCGUACAGGAGAACACCCAACGGGCAUCCCAAGAGCAGAAGAGAAUAUACGACCUCCGACGGCGCGAGUGGCGACCCGAACUAGGAACCCUAGUCGGUCCUCCAAAGCCGGCGACGGUUUCGCGGCAAAGUUGGCCCCUAAGUACGACGGGCCGUACAAGGUAACCCAAUUCUUAUCUCCCAACGUAGUUCGACUACAGAUUCAACAAGGUAAACGGAGGAAAACAGCGAGUUUAGCCGACUUAAAGGCGUUCCACGGAGUGGACCACCCCGAGGAGAACCCGACGAUGCUGGAAAGACCCGAAUGACCUGCCGACUUCGCAAGGGCCACUUGCGGUAGCGCGCUACCGUAACGUCCUCGCCCCGUAAGGGGCGCGACCCACGAAAUCGUAAGCUACGUAUACAUCCCCUUAUGGGAUUAGAUAAGUACUACACCCAAUGUAAACAUCUUCUUACUCGCACCGCUCAAGCAGGAUAGGGAAUCGACUGAAGACAUGAAGCGUCUAAGAGACGGAAGGCAAGCUCGGCCCCUAGGGGCAAAUGGUGAUACGACGGGACACCCUAGCGGGGACCAGCAGCCUGAAGUCCCGGCACCUGCCGACGAACCAACGACAAACCGGAACCGUCAAGCCCAGCUGAGGCGGGUCGGAGAGGCGACACUUCGACAAUAGGACAGGAUGCCGUGGGGCCAGCGCGCGGCAGCCAUCGAAGGGUGGAUCGACCAACAAACCCAGGACCCGGGGACCGACGCCGAAGAGGAAGUAGAGCCCGAUGGCCGCUUCGCAACCGCUGGUGUCCGCUCGGCGCCCAAUCACGACGUCGCCGCCUUGAAUCGCCGUUGGUUCGGGAGUUAUGGGGCCGCCAUAGACGACGACAACGCGACCACGGACACCGAAGAACACGAGACGAUAAUACGCGACGCUCAAAGCCUGGCGUCCACGCUGCAGGACGAAGGGAACAGACACCCACUGUCUCGCGGAAACGAAUGGGACUCUCCCCUUUGGGCCGAGUGGAACCUGGCCGGUCAAGGUCGGGCAGCCACCCCUCCAGCGGUGCACAACGAGGUCGAAUCCGGGGACGGUGCUGGACCACACUACUCCCACGCAAGCGAUGUAGGGGAAGGAGUAGGACCCUAACGCGAAGACGGAGGGUUCGAUUCCGGGUCCCUCAUGAGCCUGGGCUUCGAGCCCCAGGCGAACCAGCAGUGGGCCCCAGCCAACCCAUCGGGGUCAGAUGUCCCGCCUCCCCUCGUAGCCGCCCACGCCGGACUACCACUACAACGUGCCGAUGAGGGAGUAGUUGACUUCGACUCCGAAGAGAGCCUCCCGCUGGAGUAUGGCGAGAUGGCCGACCUGCUGCAAAUCCUCCGACUCCACCUUACGGUAGACGCGGUGCAGGACGACCCGGAAUGGGCAGAGGCUCUCCCCGAAUGGCGGACCAACGCGCCAGGUCGGCGGUUGCCCCGGGACCUCAUAUCCAACAUCACCGUAUUCUUACGCGAUCGCACCUACCGACUGGGAGUCCGGCGACUGGAGGUCGAUGACGGCACUUGCUUUCGCGUAAAAAUUACCCGCAGCCGGGCCGUCACCCUCACUCUUCGUCACCCCCGAAGUAUGGAGGGGGUGUGAGGGAGCGUACGCUCCACCCACAUUUUUCCGCCCAUCAGUUCGCCGUCAUUUUCCCAUUAGAGGGACCCGAGAUUACGUUAUUAGAAUUAAGAUUUUUGACUUUUCUUUAUUGACUUUUCAGUUUUAGGUUAAGAGGGGAGGGGGGAAGGCCAGGAAGGCUACAUGUUAUUAAUUUCGGCAGAUCACGGCAGACGCCACUGGUUUUUCAGAACAGUAAGCCAACAACAACAACGCAGCAGCGGCAAAAGAGAGACGAGGAAAACACAGAGGACCAGAGGAGAAGCGCUAGAAACAACGGUGCCAGCCUUCUGCCGCAGCGAGAAUGACGACGCUGGCCGCCUACGCUGACGCUGGAUCGGCAGAGCCAGCAAAACGCCGGUGCCGAGUUGGGAAAACGUGGAGAUAGGGGUCGAUUGGAGAAGGCCGGACGGGCCACGCCAACGCGAUCAGUGGUCCGAGAAAAGAUCCUGCAACAACGCCGCACUUACGGAGGAGAAGAAGCUUUCCACGAAUACAAUCGUGGGAAUUCAGGGGUAAGCGAGUCUCUAGUCGUAUAUACGGGCUGCUGAGCGGUGCGAUAGGUAGGGAAAUGAGAGAAUAAAGUGAAAAUGUAAUGUC